AUGCUAGCUGUUUUGGUGAUUUUUAGUUGUAUUUGGGCAAUUUCUAACUCUUGUGCGCCUACAAUUUCAACGACUACGGUAGCCACAAGUACACAGGCUAUUAAUACAACAGGUUAGUUUAUGUAGCUAAAAAUUGGGUUAAAUCUUUCAAAGGCCUUUGAAAGCCUUCUCUGAAGCCCCCUAAAAUCUUUUAAAGCCUUUUCAAGCCUUCUGAAGCUUUCUAAAGACUCCUAAAGGUUCCUAAAAUCUUCAAUAGCCUUCUGAAACCUCACAAAGACUUCUAAACCCUUCUGAUUCCCCCUGAAGCCCUCUAAAAUCCCAAAUGUUUUCCAGGCUGUUGCUAUUGGCCAUUCCAAGUGUCUGGAAUCAAUACAGCAAAUGUGACAUACAGUGCAUGCACAAAUGCAACAAUUCAUUAUUCUUGCUCAACCACAACAAAUUCAACAGCUGUUCUUCUGGGAAAUGUUACCUCAAAUGAUGCAGCCAUUUCGAAUAACCAACUCGUCAGUUUUUUACUGGAAUUUUGAAGAGUCUGGAAAUCUUUAAGAUUCUCAAAGAAAGGUUCUAGAAGUUUCAGAUUAAUUUUUGAAAGUUUCUGGAAUUUUCCUAUCAUAUUUUGAAAGGGGUCAAGAAUCAGAACUUUUAUGAUUCUCUAAUCGCAUUUUGAAAGUUCUUGAAAUUCAGAUUAAUUUCUGAAGCUAGAUCUCCUGAUCCUCUCAAAACUUUGGACAUUUCUCACAUUUUUCAGCCCAAUAAAUAAUUUUCAGAUUGGUUCAUACGGUAGUUCAGUUGAUACAACCUUGGUUUGCAAUCUAACUACACAUUAUUAUAAUUUCAUUUUGAAUAAUGCAGUUAACUACACUUUUUAUACAUCAUAUGGUUGUGGGUAUUCUGGAAAUUAA